AUGACGACGUCACCAUCCUCCGCCCUGACGGGCGUCAUCAUCGGCCUCGUGUCGUCCUUUGGCUCCAUCGUCCUCAUCUUCCUCGUCAUCUUCAUCUUCUGGGCGUCUGGAUGCGCUGGCUCCGGUCGCAUCAUCCUCGACCGCAUCGGCCGACCGGGUGAAUAUGACGACGAGCAGGCGUUUGCGAGGGAGGAGGCCGAGGCCCUGGAGAACAUGGACGACAUGGCCAGGACGGAAUAUCUGAGGGCCAAAGCAUUCAUCACCGCGAACCCUCCAGAGUCUGCGCAAACCGAUAUUUCCCUCUCACAGUUCCUUGCCAUCCAGGAAAAGGGCGUGUCGGCCUGGGAGUUUGAGCCCGAGCUGGAAAUUGCGAAUUGCUUCGUUCAGGCCCGAACCGAGAUUGAGUUCUUCGAUUCCGAGUGCACCGUCAUGACCAACCUGCCUGUGCCCAAGCAAAACGACGUCUACUACUGGGAGGCCAAGAUCUACGAAAAGGCGGAGAACACGCUGGUGGCGAUUGGCAUGGCCACCAAGCCCUACCCUCUGUUUCGGCUGCCUGGUUACCACAAGUACUCCGUUGCCUACCACUCCAAUGGCUCGCGACACUACAACCAGCCUUUCAGUCGAACCCCGUACGGCCCUCAGAUUGUCCCCGGCGACGUGAUUGGUGUUGGCUACAGGCCUCGCACUGGCGUCAUCUUCUUUACGCGAAACGGCAAGAAGCUCGAGGAAGUGGUCCACGGCUUAAAGUCUCAAAACUUCUUUCCCGCCAUUGGAGCCAACGGGCCCGCGUCUGUUCACGUCAACUUUGGCCAGUCUGGCUUCGUUUUCAUCGAGGCAAAUGUCAAGAAAUGGGGUCUGGCUCCCGUGACGGGCAGCCUGGCUCCGCCGCCCCCGUACGGCUCUGAACAGGGCAGCAUUCUUUUGGAAACCGGCACCAAGGAUGGCUUCACCUCAUCGCACGGUCGGGCUCAUCGACACUCCGUGAGCGGCACGCCAUAUAGUGUUCGAGUGGGCGAAAACGAUAUCAACGCCCAGCACGGACGAUCACGCAGCGGAAAUUUCAGGGUCCUUCCUCCCACGAGCCCCGGUCCCGUCAGGAGCCCGACCGACAUCUCGCUUGCCCAGCUCGUGCCAUCCGAUGAGGGUGGUGAGGCUAGCAGCGGCACGCAGCUUGCGCAAGAACAACAUCUGAACGGCAAUCCUCUCGAGCUCCAUCUCGAAGACGCCACCAACCCGCCGCCCGAUUACUCAAGUCCAACGCUCCCCGAGGAUCGCAACCGUCGGUAUAGCUCAGACAGCGAGGACGAAAACGCCCCUCUGAUCCACGUCAUGACGCGCAGCAGGGGUGAGUCUUCGUCGACAAUAAGGCCUGCAGGACAUGGCCAGUCGGCUACUCCCCAAGACCCUGUGCCCAGCUACAGCGACGCGAUACAGCAGGGCGCGAGCCCAAUUCGACGCGAUAGAAGCAACAGCUCGGGAUCUGACGAUUCAGUUCAGAGCUCAAACAGCGGGUCGUCUUCAUCCAGCUGA